AUGGGUCUCUUUCCACAACUUUUAUUCCUAUUUAUUGGGUCUGUCUUCAUAUGUGGGUUCCUGAAAGUCUUCCAGCUGUAUCAGAACAAAAAGAAGCUCCUCAAGACCUUCAAGAGUUUCCCAGGCCCUGCAAGCCACUGGUUUUAUGGCCACAGCAAGCAGACGGUUCGAGCACAAGAAUUAGUCAAGGUCUUGGAAUGGACAGAAAAAUAUCCAUAUGCCUUCCCUAGGUGGUUUAAUGGCUUUAUGGCUACCUUACAUAUCUCCCACCCAGAUUAUGCCAAAGCUGUGUUUAAUCAUGGAGACCCCAAGGCAACAUUCACCUACAAAUUCUUAAUCCCCUGGAUUGGAGAAGGGCUCCUGGUCCUGCAUGGUCCAAAGUGGUUUCAGCACCGCCGACUGUUAACCCCAGGGUUUCACUACGACAUCUUGAAACCUUAUGUAGCACUGAUUGCAGAGUCAACCAAAGUAAUGUUGGAUAAAUGGGAGAAGUUGUUGGAGAAGGAUACUACCAAGUCUCUGGAGAUGUUUGAACACGUCAGCCUGAUGACUCUGGACAGCAUCAUGAAAUGUGCAUUUGGUUCCCAGCACAGGCCCCAGUCUCACAGAGAUUUAGAUAAUUACAUCAAAGCUGUUUAUGACCUGACCUAUCUAAUAAGUAAGAGAGUCCGUAACAUCUUCUAUUGGAACAAUCUAAUGUUUCGAUGCACUUCAGCUGGACAGCGUUUCCUGGAAGCCUGCAGACUGGCACACCAACAUACAGAAAAGGUAAUAGAAGAAAGAAAGAAAGUAUUCAAGCAGGAAGCAGAGCUUGAAAAAAUUCAAAAGAAACGAUACUUGGAUUUUCUGGAUAUUCUUCUUUGUGCCAGGGAUGAACAUGGAAUGGGGUUAUCGGAUGACGACCUCCGUGCUGAGGUGGACACAUUCAUGUUUGAAGGCCAUGAUACCACUGCCAGUGGGAUUGCCUGGAUCUUAUAUGCAAUGGCCCAGAAUCCAGAACACCAGCAAAGGUGCAGAGAGGAGAUCAUGGAGGUUCUGGGGGAUAGAGACACCAUUCAGUGGCAUGACCUUGGAAAGAUUCCUUACACGACCAUGUGUGUUAAAGAGAGUCUGCGUCUUUACCCCCCAGUUCCUACAGUGUCCCGGCAGCUUAGCAAACCCAUAACUUUUUGUGAUGGGCGCACCAUGCCUGAAGGGGCAAUAGUAUCAAUUCACAUUUAUUGUAUCCACCGAAACCCAGCCAUGUGGCACAACCCAGAGGUAUUUGAUCCCACAAGGUUCUCGCCAGAGAAGUCCCCUCAGAGGCAUUCGCAUGCCUUUGUGCCUUUUGCAGCUGGACCAAGGAACUGCAUUGGACAACAGUUUGCCAUGAACGAGAUGAAGGUGGCUCUUGCUCAAAUCCUGCUCCGGUUUGAAAUCAUGCCAGAUCCAGCAAAGCUUCCUAUUCCAGUGCCCCAGAUCGUCUUGAAGUCUGAAAAUGGGAUACACCUGUUGCUAAAGAAACGCAACUGAGUUAGAGUGCAGAGAACUUCAGCUUUAGAACCCUCUUAUUAUUCUGUGCUCUGCAGAGUGGCAGAGUCUUUUAUAUCUUCUAUUCCUCAUUGAUUUAUAGAGCCAAUUCAGACUCUGAGUCCA